CCUUUAAAACCCUACAUACCUUUUAAAUCCUACAGCAGUUUUGGACCAUCAUCCUCUUUCUGGGGGCUGCGUUUUUCAGUACCAGGUACUCUCCCACUCUGAUUCUCCUCUCUUUAUUCCAUGCAUUCCUUUAACCUUCGAUUUCUGAUCUACCUGUGAAACUUCUCUACGGAAUCUCACUUAAUAUCGCCAAUAUCAAGAUCUUUCUGUUCAGUCUGAACCAUCUGCUACUGAAUUAGGGUUCUACGCAGCGGAAAAGGAAGGGGAUCGCUAGGGUUCUUCUCAAAGCACACUUAAUCGAGAGAGAGAGAGAAAGAGAUAGACAGCGAUGGCGGAAGUGCGUGGGUCUGAUUUUCAGAUAUAUAACACCAUGACGAAACAGAAGGAGAAAUUCGUGCCCUUAGUUCCUGGCAAAGUCGCCAUGUACGUCUGUGGCGUUACAUCUUAUGACUUCAGUCAUAUUGGUCACGCUCGUGCCUAUGUAGCCUUCGAUGUUCUCUUUCGGUAUUUGAAACAUUUGGGCUAUGAAGUUAAAUAUGUCCGAAACUUCACUGAUGUAGAUGACAAGAUUAUCAAAAGAGCCAAUGAACUUGGGGAGGACCCACUAGCUUUAAGUGGUAGAUUUUGCCAAGAGUUUCUAAUCGACAUGGCAGAUCUUCAAUGCUUGCCUCCUAAUGAACAACCCCGUGUCUCAGAUCACAUGGAUCAAAUAAGAGAUAUGAUAUCAAAGAUAAUUGACAACAAUUGGGCUUAUCCUGUAGAUGGAGAUGUCUAUUUUUCAGUUGGAAUUCCUCCCAAUAAUUUUCCAAAUUACGGGAGGUUAUCAGGGAGAAAGCCUGAAGACAAUAGAGCUGGUGAAAGGAUUGCUAUUGAUUCAAGAAAAAGAAAUCCAGCUGAUUUUGCAUUGUGGAAAGCUGCUAAGCCAGGGGAGAUCAGUUGGGAGAGCCCGUGGGGCCCGGGAAGGCCAGGGUGGCAUAUUGAAUGCAGUGCAAUGAGUGCGACUUAUUUAACAGAAAAAUUUGAUAUUCAUGGUGGUGGAAUGGAUUUAAUCUUUCCACAUCAUGAAAAUGAGAUUGCUCAAAGCUCUGCUGCAUGUCCAAAUAGUAAUAUCACUUACUGGAUGCACAACGGUUUUGUCACUGCAAAUGAUGAAAAAAUGUCAAAAUCCGUUGGCAACUUUUUUACCAUUCGUGAGGUGACUAAAUUAUAUCACCCACUUGCCUUGAGGCAUUUCUUGAUGGGCACACAUUAUCGUUCUCCAGUCAAUUACUCAAUUUCUCAAAUUGAGAUCUCCUCAGAAUCCAUCUUUUAUAUUUAUCAGACUCUGGAAGAUUGUGAGAGUGCUGUUGCACAAGAAAAGGAUGUGGCUGCUUCUGUUUCUGGUGGGAAAAAAUAUCCAUCGACUGCUGAUGCCCAAAAGUGUAUUACAGAUCUUAAAACUCACUUUGAAAAAAAAAUGUCUGAUGAUUUACACACACCUUCUAUUCUCAAUGAUGCUCUUCAAGAAGCCUUACGAUUACUCAAUAAAAUACUAAGCAUGCUCAAGAAAAAGCUUCAAAAACCACAGAAGUUGUCAUACAUUCAGUCGCUUGUUGAGUUGGAGAAAGAAGUGAGGGACGUUUUAGACGUUUUAGGACUGCUUUCCAGUUCUACAUAUACCGAGGUUUUGAAGCAGUUGAAAGAGAAAGCAUUGAAGAGAGCUGAGUUGAGUGAAGAGGACAUAUUACAACGUAUUGAAGAACGAGCAUUAGCUAGAAAGAACAAAGAUUUCUUACGUGGUGAUCAAAUCAGGAGUUAUUUGACUUCAAAAGGUAUUGCUUUGAUGGAUGUUGGGAAGGACACCAUUUGGCGCCCGUGUGUGCCAGCUGGCGCAGAAGAAGAUAACCCGACUCAGAUUCCGGUCAAUGCAUCAGGUGCUCAACUGCCGGGCCCAACUGACACCUCAGAUAGUCAACUGUCCAAGUCAGCUGCGGUGUUGACUCUGUGAACUGGAAACCACCUUCUAAGAGUUAUUAUGAUGAAUACUUGUGUUUUAAUUUGUGAUAUGUUGGAAGCCUUGUUAGAAGGGCAACAAUGACAAAACUUCAAAAUUGGUCCGGUAUCCAAAAAACUAUGGAUAAGGGACAAUCGUGGGCGAUUGGGAAUGAUUUGCUUGAAUGAGUUUGAUGAGGAAAAUUAAAGUUCAGAGUAACAAAUUUAGUGGCCGGAUUCCCGAAUCGCUUACAGAGAUGAGCAUUCUUGUUGAUUUGCAGAUGUAAGAUAUAAUAAAUUUGAAUGUGAGAUCGGAUUUUGAACAGAAAAACUUGAUGUUGCCACUGUUUAUGAGACUACGACUACGACUAAUUGAGGUUGAGAGGGAGUUGGUGGAUUUUUUGUUCAUAUGGUAAAAGAUCACAGGUGCGGAGAAAAGAAGAUCAUAGGCGGUGGUGGAUUUUUGUUUUUAAUUUCUAAUUAAUAAAAUAAUAAAAUAAAUAGGAAAAAAAAUACAAAAAAUGUAAAAUUGACCCUACAAGUGUACCAAUGACCAAAAUAGAU